GUUUUGCAGAUGCGUCAAAGCUGAUGUUGUAAUGUGGUCGGGGAAGGAACUCGAGACCCAAAGUGUUUGCCAGCUGGGCUGCAACUGAUUUUGUGAUCCUUGGUCCUAAAAUGAGCUCCCUUUGUACUGGGAGACAAGGCUCCUCCAGCCUCCAGAGCCAUCCUUGAAACCACCAAGGCAGAGCUGGACCAGACCCAAAGAUGACCUCCCCUCUUCUUCUUUAUGAAGAGAUGAGAAAGCCGAGACCUGUAGCUGGCCACUGAAUCAGGAGGGGAACUUUCGCAGUCUCUUAAGUUCAUGGAGAUGCUGCGCUUCCUCUGCCUGCUCCUGAAGGAGCUGUCUCCUUGGCUCUGCUGGCCCAGUCCCUUCCUGGAGCCUCUGUAGAACUUACUGGAAGGCUGUCCACGGUUCGCUCAGAGCCCCGCACAGGCUCCACCUUUGUGUCCUGUGCUGACCCCCAGCACUGAAUGCUUUCCUUCCCUCUUGGGCCUGGGUUUGAGGGGUGUGGCUAAAGCUCCUUCUUUCCAGUGAACUCACCCCCUGGUCCUUCCAGGGCCCAGGCCCUGCAUCGCCCUGUGGAGGCCCCUCUGCUUCUCUGCUGCCCUCUCAUCCCUCGGGCAGCUCGCAUGGGUGGAAGUAGCCACAACUCUACUGAUGCUGAUUCCUCCCUGGCUGGGGAAGCUGCAAGGAUGUGCAGCCCCCUGUGCACGCUCAGGAGGCCUCAGAGAGAACCAGCCUGGCCUGUGGGCCCCCAGCAGCCCCGGCUUCUGCCCGAUCCCUCGCUAACCAGCAGCUCCACCUCCUGCCAUCUGGGCAUCUCACAUCCAGAGCUGGGCAAAGCACUUGGGCCUGGGGGUUAUAGAAAGGAAUAUGGCCUUGACUCCCUAAAAUUUUAUAAUUUGGGGAAGAAGACAGGUAGGACAAGCACAGGUGCAUUUUAAGAACUACACAUGAGGAAGGAAGAUGCACCAAUACAAAUGAUCAGAACAGAGCUCUGCAGCGGCCCCUUAAGGAAUGGUCCAUGGAUAUGACUGCAGUGGGAAGAAAGCACACAGCGUGAAAUCCACACCCCCUGGAAGACGGGGAGGGUGCCACCAACGCAGGCCCAGAAAAGGGAGAGCCUCGUAGGCAGAGCUAGCAGUGCCCAUCUGAUGGGAAAACUGUGCUCCUCUUUGUUGGCACAAGUGUCCUGGCCCUUGCCGGCUUACACCUGCUACAUUAAUUGCCAUCAACAAGCCUCAGAUUCUAUGGCAAACAACUUGUCUGCAUUCCUGCUCAUCAAGCAACCUUCUGUGGCAGGUCCUGGACUCUGGUCUCCCUGCUGUCACCGUUCCAGACUCCCAGGAAAUCACCUGACCUCAGACGUCAGUUUCCUUGUGCAGGUUGGUGAUGAGAUCUGCCUCAGAGGACUGUCACAGAAGUGAGGUCACCAAGAGGGGAAAGCUCUGCAAGUCACCGAGGAAUAGGCCCUGAAGAGUGAGCCCGGGCCACUUGCCCUCGGUCCCCCAGCCUCUGGCCAGCUCGGGUCAGCCUCCUGGGCUUCCUGGCCCUUUUGGCCUCUUCUCAGACCCACUCUAUCUUCUGACUAUGUGACACCUGAGGAGUCCCAGCAUCCGUUUCCAAAUGCGCACCCCAGCAUGAGCAUUCACAGAAGACACCUGGGGCCAGACCCUGCCCAUGCGAGAGGCCAGACGCCAGGACACAGCCAAAGUGGGAAACACCUCGGGCCCUUCUUCCACCACAAGGGUCCUGCCUCCCCUGGGCUGGGAGCCAGGCAAGGCCUCGCCAUGCGGGGCGUUGUGGCCUUCCCUUCUAAAGGCUCACCAUGCGCAGAUACCACUCGAGCCACUGCGGGAUAUUACAUCUCAUUACUCCUUCCUCCCGCCCUGUGGGUAGGCACGAUUAUUGUCACUCAGUACUGCCAGAAACGCAGAUGGCAAGGGGCAGGACUGGGAUGCAGACUUAGGUUGGACCUUUUACCAAACAUCUCAUCUUCCUGUGUGCUUCCAAAGCCACCGUGGCUUCCCUGUCUCACCGGAUCCAUCCUCUGGUGGUAGGUCUGGGUGGUUUCUCUCCUUAGCACCCAGUGGGUGGGGCCCGGGGGCGACCAGCCACAUCUCUGCAGAUGUUUUGCCCCUUGAGACUCCGUCCACAGCCCGGGAGGGACUGCAGAACUCACACAGCCCUUGGCCUGCGCCCCUGUUACCAGAGAAAGGAGGCUUUGCCAAGGACUCAGGGGGAGUGGACUCGGCUCUGUUUGGGACCCAGCCCUCCCCGAGACAUUGUAGAGCCGACAGGGCCUCCAGACACAAGCCCUGCUGCCCCACCCCAGCCAGGGUGGUGCUUGUGUGGGAAGGACUUUAAAUCCAGCGGCCAGACCCCUGGACGGGAGAGGCAGGGAGUGCAGGCCACCAUGCACAGCUCCUGCAGUCUCCGGGCGCUGCUGCUGCUGCCACCACUGCUGCUGAUGGCCACCCCAGACCCCGCCAGAGCCCUCACGAAGGAUGAGCAGCGUGCCAUGGUGGAGCUGCACAACCUCUACCGCGCCCAGGUGUUCCCGCCAGCCUCUGACAUGCGACGGAUGAGGUGGGACCCGGAGCUGGCGGCCUUCGCCAAGGCCUAUGCACAGCAGUGCGUGUGGGGCCACAACAAGGAGCGCGGGCGGCGCGGAGAGAACCUGUUCGCCAUCACGGACGAGGGCUUGGACGUGCCACUGGCCAUGGAGGAGUGGCACCACGAGAGAGAGCACUACAACCUCAGCGCCGCCGCCUGCACCCCAGGCCAGAUGUGCGGCCACUACACGCAGGUGGUUUGGGCCAAGACCGAGAGGAUCGGCUGCGGUUCCCACUUCUGUGAGAAGCUCCAGGGAGUUGAGGAGACCAACAUCCAUCUACUGGUGUGCAACUACGAGCCCCCGGGGAACGUGAAGGGACAGAGGCCCUAUCAGGAGGGAAUUCCGUGCUCGCAAUGUCCCCCUGACUACCGCUGCGAGAACUCUCUCUGUGAGCCCAUCAGUGGCCCGGAAGAGGAGCAGGAUUUGCCCUCCCUGGAAACUGCGGCCCCGUCCACUCGGGCCACGGAAGCCUCAGGCUCUAGGAAAGCCGGCGCUCCUUCCCCGGCGACAGAGGUCGCGCACUCCUGGGUGACCGAGGUCUCGGGCUCCCCGGCCACGCAGGCCCCGCCCACUGUGGAAACAAAGACCCCGUCCUCCUCAGCCACCAAGGAGCCCUCCGCGACGGCCACAGAGGCUCCGCCUUCCCUAACGAGUGAGGUCCCUUCUGCGUCGACAGCUCACGAUCCGCUCUCCUCGGAUGAAGGGCCGGUCACCGUCCCCAAAUCGACCCAUGUUUCUGUUCCAAAAUACACGGGCGAAGUAGAAAGUGAGACAAGAGCACCCUCCAUGAGCCCAGAGAAACCUCUUUACCCUGAGAUGUCCCUGACAGGGACAAGGGAAUCCCUACCCCAUGCACGGGAAGAAGCUGAGGCAGAGGCUGAGGCUGAGGCAGAGGCUGAGGCAGAAGCCGAGCUGCUUCCUUCCAGUGAGACCUUGGUGUCAGAUAUUCCAGACCAGGCCAAACCAGAUGAGUUGCAGGCCACCCUGGACCACACGGGACAGCCCUCCUCCAAGUCCCAGCCCAAUGUCCCCAAUGCUUCUGCUGCUGCUAAUGCCAGGGGUGGGCGUACCCUGGCCCUGCAGUCAUCCCUGCCAGGUACAGAGAGCAGGGAGUGGAGGCUGAGCUCCGGUCACAAGUGGGGUCCUUCCCAGGGACUAUUGCUGCUGCCUCCCCUGAUGUUGGCUGGACUCUUCUGAAGGGGACAACAUUCAAGGAUUGUUUUGGCUAUUCUGGGCCCCUUGAAUUUCCAUAUGAAUUUUAGGAUCAGCUUGUCAAAUUUCUGCCAAGAAGUCAGCAGAGUUUUUGUUACAGACUGUGUAAUCUGCCACGCUAAGUCAACCAUGAACAUGGGCUGUCUCUCCACUUAAUGAGCCCUUCUUUAAUUUCUUUCAACAAUGUUUGUAGUUUUCAAAGUUUUGCAUUUUUUUGUUAAACAUUCCUAAGCAUUUUAUUAUUUUUAUGCUACUGUAAAUGAAAUUGUUUUUAGUUUGUUAGUUCUAUGUAUAAAAAUAAAUUUUUUCAAAAUAUUGAUCUUGUAUCCAGCUACCUUGCUGAACUCAUUGACUAAAUGCGUUUUUUUAAAAAUGGA